CCGUGCGUCUGACGUCACAGCGCACAGACGCCGCGAGAACGAGGGAGAAGGAGGAAGCAGCCUCUCCGCGCUCUCAGCCGCCAUUUUGUCUGUGCGCGCAGGGCGGACACGGAGCUCGCUCGCUUUCUGUUCCAGUUUUGUGCAUGUACCUGUUUGAACAAAGAAUUCCUGCACCUAACAUCCAGCAACAGAAGCUGUGGGAGAUGAGGCAUUCAAAGCAAUCUCAUUGCCCUGAGUGGGACGACAGGAGGAGCUGGGAUCAGAGGAAGCACAGCAGCAGCCGCAAGCGCAGAAAGAGGUCCCACAGCAGUGGCCAGGAGAGCAAGCACUAUAAACCCAGCCGCAUUUCAGAAAGUCAUUAUUUGGACGAUAGAGCCAUAAAUGAAAGAGACCAUCAUGACCGGAGAUAUGUUGAGGAGUACAGGAAUGACUUCUGUGAAGUGUAUGACCACAGGCAUUAUCACAGAGACUAUGAAAAGAGUCACCAUCAUCACUAUAGCAAAUCCUCUGGUCGGAGCAGGAAAAGUAGUCAUAAAAGGAAGCAUAAGAGACAUCAUUGCUCCAGUCACCAAUCGCAUUCGAAGAGUCACCGAAGGAAAAGAUCCAGGAGUGUAGAGGAUGAUGAGGAGGGUCACCUGAUCUGUGAAAGUGGAGACGUUCUAAGAGCAAGAUAUGAAAUUGUUGCGACUUUAGGAGAAGGAGCUUUUGGAAAAGUAGUGGAGUGCAUAGAUCAUGAUAUGAGAGGAAUGCAUGUAGCAGUUAAAAUAGUGAAAAAUGUUGGUCGAUACCGGGAGGCAGCCCGCUCAGAAAUACAGGUGUUGGAACACUUGAACAACAUGGAUCCGAGCAGCAAUUUCCGCUGUGUCCAGAUGCUGGAGUGGUUUGAUCACCAUGGCCAUGUCUGUAUUGUUUUUGAGCUACUGGGGCUCAGUACUUAUGACUUUAUUAAGGAAAACAGCUUUCUGCCUUUUCAUAUUAAUGACAUUAGAAACAUGGCCUAUCAAAUUUGCCAGUCUAUAAACUUUCUACACCAUAAUAAACUAACUCACACAGAUUUAAAGCCUGAAAAUAUCUUGUUUGUGGAGUCUGAUUACAUAGUGAAGUACAAUGCCAAAAUGAAACGAGAUGAACGCACUUUAAAAAACACAGACAUCAAAGUUGUUGAUUUUGGAAGUGCGACUUUUGAUGAUGAGCAUCAUAGCACAUUAGUGUCUACAAGGCAUUACAGAGCUCCUGAGGUUAUUUUAGCACUGGGAUGGUCUCAGCCCUGUGAUGUGUGGAGUAUUGGUUGUAUUCUGAUUGAAUAUUACCUGGGAUUUACAGUGUUUCAGACUCAUGAUAGUAAAGAACACCUGGCAAUGAUGGAAAGAAUACUGGGGCCUCUGCCCACUCACAUGAUCAAGAAAUCCAGAAAACAUUAUUUUCACCAUGACCAGUUGGACUGGGAUGAGCACAGCUCUGCAGGCCGGUACGUCAGGAGACGCUGUAAGCCUCUGAAGGAAUUCAUGCAUUGCCAAGACACAGAUCAUCAAAGUCUGUUUGACCUUGUUCGCAGAAUGCUGGAAUAUGACCCAGCCAAAAGAAUUACUCUUGAUGAAGCCUUGCAGCAUCCUUUUUUUGAUCCAUUAAAUAAAUAAAUUCAAUGAUCUUCUAUGCUUCUUCAAGGAGAUUUCCUAGACUGUGUCAGUCAGUCAGCAGAGGUUGCAUGAAACUUUUGUAAGCUUUAAAUUAUUUUGUACAGUUAAGUAUGUAAAUAAUUACAUAUGUUUUGUAUAACUGUUAUGUUUACCUUGUUGAGCAGUUGUAGUCUUAUGGGUAUCAAAGUGAAAAAUAAAAGUAAUUUUCAUUUUUGAAA